AGGUGGCGUGGUGAGCAUUCCGGAUUGUAAUAUCCAACCUUGAAAAAUACAUCCCUCACGUGCGCAUGCGUAUUUACAGAACGGAACGCGUUACUUCGUCGACCGGAAGCUUUGACGUCCUUUCUUAAGAGGACUGCCAUAAUGGUGUUCAAGCGCUACGUCGAGAUUGGCCGCGUCGCCUACAUCUCUUUCGGACCCCAUGCAGGCAGCCUAGUGGCCAUCGUCGAUGUCAUCGACCAAAACAGAGCGCUGGUGGAUGGUCCCUGCACAGGGGUGAAGAGGCAGUCGAUGCCUUUCAAGUGCAUGCAGCUCACUGACUACGUCAUCAAAGUACCACACAGUGCUCGUCAGAAGUUUGUGAGACGCGCCUGGGAGAAGGCCCAAGUCACCGAGAAGUGGGCAGAAAGCAACUGGGCCAAAAAGAUCGAAGCCAGACAAAAGAGGGCCCAGAUGUCCGACUUUGACCGCUUCAAGGUGAUGAAGGCCAAAAGGAUGAGGAACAAGAUCAUCAAGCACGAGGUGAAAAAGCUGCAGAAAGAGGCAGCGAAGAAGGCAUGAUCUAAAAUAAAUCCUCUGGUUGAAUUGUU